AUGUUCGUGGCAUUGGCAGCAGCACUUGGAGCCAUGAAAAUGGUUUCGACAUCUUUAUUAUUGUAUGCUGGCCUUGUAGCUAAAUUGCGUGAAAACGAAAAGAAAAAAGGUUUUUGUUUGCGAACAUACUUUGCCAAGCGUAAAGGUAGACUUGCUCAAUUCUAA